GUUGGAGCCGCUCUAGUACAACAGACAGUCAAUUUACAGAACACUUUGGAGACAUAAAGACAUUGACAAGAAACAAUUGUGCAAAAAGAUGCAGAGUCCUCGAGCACAUGACCAUUGCGCAAAGGGCGCUGAGACUUCAAGGAGUGUAUGCGGUUUAAAGUGACGAGUAGUGCGAUCAUCUGGGACAAUGUUGGUUGUGCAAAUGUUACAGAUACUCCUCAAUCAGUGUGCAAAUGGAGCAGAUGCUACUCUACCCAUCCAUCCAUCUACCUAUCCAUCCAUCUAAUGUUUGACUUUAGUGAAGUUGUUCUGUUUUGGGUGUAAGGCGUGUUAAGUUGUUGCAGUUUAACGUUGCAUUCGGACGAACGUACGAUGGGGAAAAACGAGUCUAUUUGGCCAAUCAGGAGAGCCGCAGGGAACUAAAGCAUCAAAGAACUCUGCUGACACGCGGGAAGAAAGCAAACAUGAAAGGCGUCAUGACUCAAGGCAUGCGUCCUACAGCGUGUGUCCUAGCCCCUCACUGUGGCAUAAGCGCAAUACUGCACAUCACCAGUAAACAUUGUAGAACUGUUAUUAUAAAACAGUAUAGGAUGUAAGGCAUCAAGUGAGGACCUAGAUAGAGUGUCUCUCAACAGGGUGCUUCAGUUCUGUGAUGGCCCUGGGAAAAAUCAAAAGCGCCUGCCAACAGGAAGAAGUUCCGAGCCGGUCGGAGAACCUGCAGGUCUAUCUGAGGGUUCGACCGCUCACCGGAGCAGAGACCGGAGAGUCGCAGGACUGCGUGGCCAUCGAGGGUCCUCACACUGUGGUCCUCAAAGCACCCCGGAGCAGGCAGGCUGACAAGAUCCCUCCUCAGACUGCUCAGAGGUUCACUUUCACCCAGGUGUUUGGACCAGAUGCCAGUCAGAGGAAAGUGUUUGAGGGAUCAGUUCGUAGUUUGGUGCGAGACGUUCUGCAUGGAGAAAACUGCCUGCUGUUCACUUACGGCGUCACCAACGCUGGGAAAACCUUCACCUUCCUUGGUCCGGACCACGACAGCGGCCUACUGCCGCGCUGUCUGCGGGUGAUCUUCAACAGCACGGAAGGUCGUCUGUAUGACGGCUGCGAUCUGAAACCUCACCGUUGUCGAGACUUCAUCCGACUGACUGCAGACCAGCAGAGGGCGGAGAGCGCCGGCAAGACGAGUCUGCUGAGGACCGUCAGAGAGAUUGACAAAAAUGUGACUGCCAGAUCAACUUCUCUUGAUGCCUCGUCUCUCAGCUCCGACUGCAGCGUGAGCAGUGUUUCUGAGAGCGACCGGUUCAGUCUGGAGGUGGCUGCCUAUGUUCGCUUCUCCGUUUGGGUUUCCUUCUGCGAGAUUUACAACGACAACAUUCACGACCUUCUGGAACAGGUCGCAGGUGGACACGUGAAGAGGACGGCGCUCCGUCUGUCUCAGGACAUCAAAGGAAAUUCCUUCAUCAGGGACCUGAAGUGGAUCCAGGUGAGCAGCCCAGAGGAGGCCUACAAGGUCGUGAAGAUCGGCAGGAAGAACCAAAGCUUGGCCUCCACCAAGCUCAACCAUCAGUCCAGCAGGAGCCACAGCAUCUUCUCCAUCAGGAUUCUCCGAGCGGACGACUCCGCCGUUCCCAGAUUCCUCGGCGUCAGCGAGCUGGCGUUGUGCGACCUGGCUGGGUCGGAGCGCUGCUCGCGCACGCGUAACACGGGAGAGCGCCUGAAGGAGGCGGGAAACAUCAACAGCUCGCUACUCGCUCUCGGGAAGUGCAUCCACGCCAUGAGGGUUAAGCAGAACGCCAAGUUCCAGCACCACGUUCCCUUCCGGGAGUCCAAGCUGACUCACUUCUUGCAGUUCUUCUUCUGUGGUGCCGGCAAGGUGUCCAUGGUGGUCAACAUCAACCAGAACUCCUCCUGCGUGGACGAGACGCUCAACGUCCUCAAGUUCUCCGCCCUCGCCCAGAAGGUGGUGGUGUUGAACUCCCAGCCCGCCAGCCGGGACGACUCCUCCCUCAGGUCGGCCAUGGAAGUGUCCGUCCUCAUCGACCAGGCCGACCGGCGCAAGAACCUGUUGGCGCGCGGGCGCAAAAGCUCCAUGGUGGCCUGGGAGACCACCCUGGAAGACGUCAUGGAGGACGACGACGACGACGGCGGCGGCGAAGAAGAUGACGAAGACGAGGAGAGUGGGAUGGAGGAAACGGUGCUCAAGGCAGAAGAGGAGGACGGCGAUGGGGAGGAGACCAUGGAGGAGGAAGACAAGUUGGACAGGGAGGCGGCGUUCCGUUUGGUUGUGGAGGCCAAGAUCCGAGAAGAAGUCUGCGGCGAGUUCAUGGAAAUCUUCAGCAAGAUGGAGCAAGACUACAGCGAGCGUCUGGAGCGGGAACGGCAGAUCCUGGAGGAGCGGGCCGAGACCAGGCUGCUGAUCCAGAAAAACCUCUUCAUCAGAACUGCCGGCCUGCGGCCCCCACAGGAAGAGGAAGGGGCGAGCCUUGUGGAGGGAAUCAUCCGCUCGGUCAGCGAAGACCUGAAGAAGAUCCGAGCGGACGCUCAAAGCGUGCACCGACAACUGCUGCUGGCCAAUCAGGAGGACGAGGGCCCGAGCGCCUUCCCCGCCAACAUGGCUGACCUGCAAAGGGAGUGGCGGGCCGCCGCGGAGAGCUCCACCCGCAAAUCCAAAAUCAUCCAAGAAGUGACGCAAGAAAAAAUGCGCAGCGACAGGAAGUGUGAACGGCUCGCAGAGGAAUUGGCAAAUCAGAAAGCAGCAUACUGCCACCAGAUCGGGGAGCUGAGGGCGGAGCUUGAGCAUCAGGGCGCAGCUCUGCGGAGGAAAAUAGACGACGACCUCGCGCGACAACAAGAACUUGAGCGUGUUGUGCGUGAGAAGGAGGCGCUGGAAGAAGAGCACGAGACACAGACGGACGCCCUCAGACGAGAACUGGAGCGGUUCCAGGUGCGAAUGGGGCGGGGCCGGGACGACGAGGAGCGCAAGGAGAAGGCGGUGCUGGCGGCCGAACCGGAGGAGGAAAUGCACAGGCCGUGGGAGAGGCGCAGACAGGAAGUGCGCGCGCAGGAGCCGUUGGUGUGCGCUCAGCCCGAAGUUUCUCCUUUCAACGCCAUCCGAUCGAAAGGCAAAAGUUCGGCGAGGAAAAGGAAAAGCUGCCAAGUGGAGGGCUUGUCAUCCAGCGACAACAAGCGGACGAACAUCAGAAGCGUCACGCAGCAGAAGGCGUCGCCGUCAGUCCUGAGCAGCGCAGCUAAAAGUGUCUUUGGACUGGUUGGCUCUGUCACUAUGGCAGCGAAACCCAAGAGAGGACGGAGGAAACUUUACGGGAAGGAAGAAGCCGCGCCGCUCAUCAUCUCGCCGCACACGACGUGCACGGCGGCGGAUGCAGACGAAAAGGAAAGUGAUCACAUGAUCAUUAAGCGCCAGCUGCGCUCCAAGACUGGCAGGAAGUGACAUCAUCCUUGUUUGUUUGUUUUUUUUAAUUUUAAUUUUUUUAAAUUGAAGAUGUUUUUGUUGUUGUGGGUUUCUGACUUAAAGGAAUCUGUUUUCCUUGAAGGAAAUAAAAUGGUGUAAUUCAAAACCCUUCACACAUGAUUGAAAAAGAUCCAAAUCUCACCCACCCACUAAUUUUCUUGCGCUUACCUGAGCUGGGGUCACGGGGGCAGCAGCGGGAAGCCAAGGCUUCCCUCUCCCCUGCCACUUGGUCCAGCCCUUCCGGAGGGAUCCCGUAGUCAUAUUCUCACAAAACAGUUUGUUCAAUUUUGAAAAUGUGAUCAUGUUUGCAGACAUACAUCUCAUUUCGAAAACGCGUCAUGACGAGCAUUGACCAGGGCUUCCUCCCGAAACGCAAAACGGCCUCUGCGCAAUCGGCUUUCUCGUUUAAGGCCAUAAAAGAGUGGAACGAGCUUGGUGCAAAUCUAACAACCUGCACAAAUUAUGCAGUCUUUUCUAGACCAAAAAAACAACCAGGAUUUCAAACGAACUUAUUGGCACACUGCCGUCUUCUCCUUAAAUAAAUGUUCAAUGGAGUGAUCCUAACUGUUCAAAAGAAGGGAAAAAAACAAUCCUUUUACUGUGGCCAUUGUUGGUAUUGCAGAAUACUUCUCUGUAAUUCGGAAAAUGACUCACCGCGGGCGGCAUGUUGGCCGACUGGUUAGCACGUCCGCCUCACAGUUCGGAGGUCCCGGUUUCAAAUCCUGUGGCGAGUUUGCAUGUUCUGCCCGUGCCCGCGUGGGUUUUCUUCCUCCCGCAUUCCAAAAACACGCAUGCUAGGUUUAUUGAAGACUAAAUU